AUUUUUAAACAUGGUGCACUUUCAGAUUUAACCCUCAGCUGGAUGUUUUCAUUCACUCAGAGCUGUGUUACACACUGAAUAAAAGUGACUCAAAAUGGCUUCAACCAAAACAGCGAUUGUUGAUGUGCUCAACAACCUUCUGGAAGGCGAGUUCAAAGAGUUUAAAUGGCAUCUGUCGAAUAAGGAGACCCUUGAAAACUCCAUUCCUCGAGGAAAACUAGAGAAAGCCGAUCGGCAGGAUGUUGUGGAUUUCAUGGAGCAGCAUUUCGGCACUUCAGAUGCGGGGAAGGUAGCGAUCCGCGUGCUGCGCAGCAUGAAUCAAAACAACUUCGCAGGACAACUGAAGAAGACACUUACGGAGGUGUCUAAAGUUUCAGAUGUUGAUUCUGGCUCUUCAUCAUCCCGUGGAACUCCUCCGACUGCUCCGAGUCCACCUGCAGGAGUUGUAGUGAACUUUAACAGUAGCGGAGGAAGCAUACAGGCUCCUGUCAUUCACGGCUCUGUGAUUAAUGGCUCAAUGACCUUCAAAUAGAGCUCGGGGGCACAUCUAUUCUGGAUUCAAAUGUUUACCAUAUAUAUUUUUAAUAUUUUUAAAUAUUUUAGAAGAGCCUGCAUUAAAAAUACUACAGUACUUUAUAGUAAAUACUAGUGUUUUUACCAUAUUAUAAUCGAGUGUAUUGUAGUAUAGUAUACAUAGCUUUAACAACUCUUUGUUAGCGAAUGCUACAUCAUACUCCAGUAUUAUCCAUAGUGAACUGAUAAACUAAUACAUACCAUAGUAGACUUUUGUUUUUACUACAGUAAACUGGUGUAUUGUAGUAUAAAAUACUACAUAGUUGUAGGAAACUACUAUAUUGGGUCAUUUGUUUGCAUAGCUAUAGUUGUUAUCAAAGCAACAACAGAAUUAUCACAGAUUAAUUACAGUACUUUACUAUAGUAUGCUUCAAAAACACUGUAGUAUUUACUAUGAAUUACUAUAGUAUUAUUUAAUGUGGGUUUAAAGAUCCUCCUUUUGCAAACGAAUAAUACCAAUUGUUUACCAGCGUGAUUUCUGCCAGUAUUACUUACUUUUUUUAUAAAUUAAAAACAUGUCUACAUACAUUUAUACUUUACAUUAUAUAUUUUAGGGGCGUCACAGUGGCACAGUGGGUAGCAGAAUCACCUCACAGCAACAAGGUUGCUAGUUUGAGCCCUGGCUGGAUCAGAUGGCAUUUCUGUGUGGAGUUUGCAUGUUCUCCCCAUGUUGGUGUGGGUUUUCUCCGGGUGCUCCGGUUUCCCCCACAGUAAACACAUGUGCUAUAGGGGAAUUGGGUAAGCUAAAUUGGCCGUAGUGUUUGAGUGUGAAAGAGGGUGUAUGGGUGUUUCCCAGAACUGGAUUGCAGCUGAAAGGGCAUCUGCUGUGUAAAACAUAUGCUGGAUAAGUUGGCGGUUCAUUCCACUGUGGCGACCCCUGAUUAAUGAAGGGACUAAGCUGAAGGAAAAUUAAUGAAGGAUGUAUUUUACAAAUAAAAGC